CCCAGCCACAGAUCACCGAGCCGCUCCUGGCAUUCCAGCAGGACCCGGCAUCACAAGCAGCAGCCUCCUCACGGCAGGAGACGCAGCUUUCUUCCACAGCUGAAGCCCAAUGAGGAAUAUCUGAACAACAUUUGAUCUUUUUUUUUUUUUUUUUUUUUUUUUUUUUUACAUUUAAAGUUUGAUUAUUUAUUUAUUAUUAGUAGUGUUUUUUUUUUUUAAAGCAAGUCAUUUAGUAGCAACAUGAGUAUGAAAAGGAAAAAGGCUGGGCUGGUCAUCAGCUGGCAGAGAUCUUUCUCAAUUCUGGCUCCUUGGAGAAAAGUUUCAAUUCCUACUCCCAUGAAAACUGCGAGCUGCAGAGAGCACAGUUUGCGAGGUGGCUGCCACAAUGUAACAAAAAGCAACACAGAUGUUGGAUUCCUUCCUCCUUCGCGGGACAGGAAAGGACGGACGGCGUCAAAAACGUCACAGACGAGAAGGAAAGGAGACAGGAACGCAGUUCUGGACAGUGAUGUUGUGCUGACAAAAAUGAAGCUCUUAAACAACUUCAAUGAAAAGUUCCGGUCGACAGAAAACUCCACUCUCUCUGCAGCACCAGUUUCUGAGCACGACACUCCAGACCCAGGCGAGGCCUCGGAGGUAAACUCCCAUCCUGAAGACAAGUCUCGGAUGGAUUCUGGCGCCGGAUACCUACCCGGCAUUUUCUCGAACUCUCAUCUCUCCAGGCUGUACAAGUUUGAAUCCGAGGACUCUGGAGUGGAACUGCCCAGCGGAGCCAACUCUCCGUCUACCCCCACAGGCUCAGAAAAGAGCUUUGCGGUCCACAGCCGAGAGUCCUCCUGUCACUGCUGUAACUUGGACUCCGACUCUACCUCCUCCCCCGAUGCAUUAGCUACGGAGGACCAAAACUCCAAGGAGGCAAACGGCUUAAAGAACAGCACGAAUUCAACAGUGGGCACCCAAGACGACGUGUUCACCGACAGAGACGACUUUGACCCUUCAGUUGUAACAGCAAAACUGUACAUAUGUGAGGAAAUGGACCAAAGGGACGACACAGGAUUUACCUCUGAAGAUGUUCGUGAGAGAUCUGACCGACGUGAUGAGAAAAUCUCUUCAGAUGAUAAAAACUGCUCAGAGAGCAUAAAGCCCGCAGACGAAUUCUUACCAGCACGAUGUAAGGAUGAGACAGACGAGGACAUAAAGGCUGAGUCUCUAAGGAGAAGUGACACCAGGGACAGUCUGGAGGACUACAUGGACACAUGCUGCAAGCUCAGUGAGGCCCAACAACAGAGAUCCAGUGCUCUGGGCUCGGGCUUGGGCUACCUGGAGCACAUCUGCCAGCUGCUCGAAAAAAUUGCUCGCCUGCAGGAGGCAAACAUUCGUCUGCAAAGGCAGGUCUGCAGCCUGCAGAGGGACGGCAGGAUGAGAAAAACGAAGGAGGAGUGUUUUCAGCGGUAUUGCAGCUGUGGCUCUGCCACGUUGGCCUUCCAGAAUUGGCAGUCGAAAAGUGACUUUCCGUCUCCGAGUGGUACUUCCUCUGAUCUGUCCACCAUCCCGGAGGUCGGCUGGCACCCGCUGCUGUCAGCCAGGAAAGGCAUGAGUAGUGAGGAUUUGUCAGCCACCCCAGAAUGGAGGAGAAGCCAAAACCAAAGGAGCUACGCUGAGAGGGAGCCCCAUCACCAUGGAGACGGUACAGAGGGGAGGAGUCCUCCGACGGGCCGCCUCAGUGAAAACUACAUGUGGGGCCGAGUCAAGGACCUUGUGAGAAAAAGUAAAGGGAAGAACCAGAGCGGACUGGGACUGACGUCUGCUUCGCUGAAGUUGUCUUGUCCUCAGCUCUAUAGGCCUGCCGAAGAAAAAGCGAAAUGUCUUACCAGAAACAGGAACUCCAUGAUUGUCUUGGGCUACCAGAACAAACAAGAAGACAUCUCUUGGCUUUAGUAAGCAUCCGGAAGAAGAAGACAAAGACACAUCAGAUCCAAAUGGGCUCACACUGAGAAGAAGAUAUCAGGAGGUUCUACCAAGAAACUCUGAGACCUUAAAGGAAACAGAAGAAAAGACAAGAGGAGUGUGAAGACAGAAGACAGAGGAGAAUGUUGAAAGAGAUGACUCUGGGACAGUGACAUCAGAGUGUGUGUUAUACUCUGUCCAAAGAAGAGUGGGACGGUACCACUGCAUUGUGACAUAAUAUAUUUUCUUCAGAGUGUAGCGUUUUUACAUUCUAUUAUCGAAUCUAAGCUUAAAUAUCUUUAUAAUCUUUACAUUUGGUAUAUGGUAAAUACAUUACAGACAAACGGCAGCUGUUUUUGUGUACAGUGCGUGCAUGCAAAGCAUUAUUAAAGGAUGUGGGAAAAGGAUUUUCUGUUGCGAUGUUCUGACGUUCUCAAACAGGUCGGGAAGAGUUCAAAAACGUGCCGGAUAACAACCAGCUGCUAUUUUUUUUUUUUCCUUAUGUAACAUUUUCAAAAUGUCAACAAAUACAUUUUUAAAGGUUAUCCCACGAUGCACCUGUUUCAGUAUUCUUCUCAUAACCUGGAUUCAGGGAAGAAGAGCCACACCUGGUUCUAUUUCAGAUUCACGUGCCAUGUGUUGGUCAAAUAAUCCUAAGGUUUUAAGAACAAGAAUAAUGACUUAUUAUUAUUCUUGUUAUGAUAAUAAGAACUCUCUCGUAACUCUGCACCCCUCCAAUUCAUCUGACAAUAAAACUAAGAAGUGUGCUGCGAAUUUAAAUCACUUCUCAUGGCUUUCAUUCAGCAAUGACUUGUCCACUGGUUUCCCCACCUGAGCUGUGGAUCUCUGCAGCUCCUCCAAUGUUACCAUGGCUAGUCUCGCUACAUUUUUCUAGUAGGUCUGAGAGUGUGAGUGCAUGGUUGUCUGUCCUGUACAAGCAAA